AUGGCUCUCGAUGCAGCAUCUCAGAUCUCAGUCGGGGCGCUCAGCGCCAUCUUCGAUGAAACCAAACCGCAAAUCCAUGAACCUAUCGUCCAGUGUGUCCAAAUUAAACCUUUGCCUCCCCAACCGAACCAUCAGGAGCGGUACAGAGCCGUGUUCAGUGAUAUCUCGAAUUAUGUUCAGACCAUGCUUGCAACACAGGCGAAUCCACUCGUAACGAGUGGCAUGCUAAAGAAGGGGUGUUUUGUCCGUUUGAAGUCAUUCCAAGCAAAUUCCGUCAAGGGGAAGAAAAUUCUCAUAAUCUUGGAUCUCGAAGUCCUGCAGGAACUCGGCGAAGCAGAGAAAAUCGGAGAACCGAAACCAUUGGAAAAUAAGCUGGAAGAAGAUGAAAGGCCCCAACCGACUACAAUCUCCGGUGGUGGAUUUUAUGGCUCCAAGGUUCAAAAUCAGCGAGGGGAACCUCGCGUCCAGCCUGCACGUUCCUCUUUGACAUCGACCCACGCCACCAUCUAUCCGAUCGAAGCUAUCUCUCCUUAUUCACAUAAAUGGACGAUCAAGGCGCGUUGCACGAGCAAAUCAGCAAUCAAAACCUGGCACAACAGAAACUCGGAGGGCAGGCUAUUUAGUGUCAACUUACUCGAUGAUAGUGGUGAAAUCCGUGCCACUGGAUUCAAUGAGCAGUGCGACCUGCUCUAUGACGUUUUUCAUGAAGGAAGCGUGUACUAUAUAUCUAGCCCCUGCCGGGUUCAGAUUGCAAAGAAGCAAUUUACCAAUCUGAACAAUGACUACGAACUUACUUUUGAAAAAGAUACAGUUGUUGAAAAGGCAGAGGAUCAGAGCGAUGUUCCGCAAGUUCGGUUCAAUUUCACAACCGUGGGCGAUCUCCAGUCUGUUGAGAAGGAUACCACCAUUGACAUUAUUGGUGUGCUGAAAGACGUCGGGGAGACUACUCAAAUCGUAUCAAAGACGACGAGCAAGCCCUAUGACAAGCGAGAGCUUACCUUGGUCGAUAGCUCGGGUUUUUCUGUUCGUCUAACCAUCUGGGGCUCCACAGCAUUGAAUUUCAAUGCCACGCCAGAGUCUGUAAUUGCUUUCAAGGGUGUCAAAGUCUCUGAUUUUGGAGGACGAAGUCUGAGUUUGUUGAGUUCUGGCUCAAUGACUGUCGAUCCUGACAUAGAAGAAGCUCAUCGUCUCAAGGGUUGGUAUGAUGCUCAAGGCAGACACGAGACAUUCACCUCACAUGCCACAAUGUCCAAUGCAUCCUCGUCUGCAAUGAGAUUGGAUCACUUGAAAACAAUCGCCCAGAUACGCGAGGAACAACUAGGGAUGUCAGAAGAUGCAGUCUACUUCUCGCUCAAGGGGACUGUUAUUUAUAUAAAGCAAGACAACAUGUGCUACCCUGCUUGCCUCUCCGAAGGGUGCAAUAAAAAAGUGACGGAACUGGAUCCCGGUCAAUGGCGGUGCGAAAGCUGUGAUAAAACUCACCCACGUCCAGAGUAUCGAUACAUCAUGCUCAUCAAUGUUAGCGACCAUACAGGCCAGCUCUGGCUCAGUUGCUUCGAUGAGGUCGGGAAACAGUUAAUGGGCACGUCUGCGGAUCAGUUAAUGGAUCUUCGCCAAAAUGGAGAAAAGGCCGCUGGAGACAUCUUCCAGGAAGCUAAUUGUCGAACUUGGAACUUCAGAUGUCGGGCUAAGCUAGAUCACUUCGGAGAUCAGCAACGCAUCCGUUAUCAGGUAUCGACGGCCAAACCUGUCAACUACUCGGAGGAAGCAUCUCGCCUCAUGGCCCUGAUUAAUUCAUAUGGCCUUUCUUGA